AUGUCUUAAAGCAUGUACUAAAACUUUGAGUGCAUAAAAUCGCAAUAUGUGAGAUAUUUUGAAGUGCUGUUUUCAUGUGCAUUUUUAAGAAUUGUACCCUUUAUAUUAUAAACCAGUUUAUCCUUUUACUUUUACUUUGUACACAGGCUGAACAAUGGAUAAGUUCAUAGGAGAUUUUCAGAGACGUCUUCAUAAGGAAGUAUAUGGCCUGAGGGAGGUGUCUAUCCUUGACCAUUGUGGUUUCAUACUGUAUUUCUGCCUCAUUACUUCUCGUGCUGGAACUGACAUUGAUGCUGCAAUCAGAAAUCUUAUGCUUGUGCAAGCUGACAAACAAGUCAUCAUUGCUGUGCUUUAUCCUACAAUUGACCCUGAGAAAACCAUACCAGACAGCAACAAUGCUAUAAAGAAAGAGAACACAUAUCUAGUCGACUUUCUUUUCAACGAGGAUGAAGGGUUCAUGAAUUGUCAGAAGAAUAAAGAUGCAAUCAAUAAACUUGCAAGGUACAUCAAGUCCAUGAAUCUGACUUCAUAUUACUUGCAAAAUUAUGGAAUUCCACGUACAUACUUAUACCAGAAUAGAGAUUUUCCUGUAACCAUCGGAGGACACCGAAUCCGAAAAAAAUGUUUUUUUUAUUUUGGUGUUUUUCUCAUUCUCAUCAUUUGCUUAAUUUAUCUUCUGGUAAUUCAAGGGUAUCAUGGUAAAACUAACUAUCUAAAUAAAGACAGAAAUGACACUGUAAAACAUGAUUACAGUUUCUGAACUGAUGAUGAAAAAAAGAAAAAAAAGACAGCUGUGCUGAUGCCAGAAGACCAUAAGUAUAGGAGCAAUUUGUAAGCUUUUACACGUGUAAAUUUAAUUAACAAACUACCGAAAUUUACUCAUAACAACUUGUUAAAGCACUAAUAUAUGAAAGUCACAUAAUAAACCCAAAGCUAAUUGCAAUUUUAGAAGUGAAUUUCAGUAAUUGUCACUAAGCUUCAUAUAACACACUGCAUGAAGAUAAUUGAACUGUGAAUGUACAGGUAAGUGUGUAUUAGAGAUACAUUACAAUAUACACAAAGUUCACACGCAAUAUUUAAGAUUUGCAUGUAGUUUGUAACUAUUUUGUUUGCAGGAAUAUAUAUGCUGUGCUGUUUACCCCAGAUAUGAUCACAUUCUUUAGCAUUUGUACAACUCCUUAUUUAGAUCUUUAAGUUUGUAAAAUGAAUUCCAUUGCUAAAAACACUUAUACCAAACUGGAUUAGCUUUAGUGAUUACAUUAUGUGAGUUAUGGUGAAGAGAUAUUAUUCAUUCUGUUAUGUUUUUAACUAUUACUAUGAAUGAUGACAAAAUGCUUUUUGAGAAACUUGUGCUUUAUGCUAAUUGCUUUGCUCAGCCCUUUACAGUUUUGAUUUGUUACAGUAUGUUUGUUAUAG